CUUUUAUAUAAACAAUACCUGCAUUUCUGCUUUCGCUAUUUAUGUAAGCUUUCGUGUAUUUACGGCAGAGUACUAUAGUCUUCAGAAGCAACCAUGGCAAACCGUAUGCCAGCAUGUGUCAUCGACAACGGCACAGGCUACACCAAAAUGGGUUAUGCUGGGAACUCUGUACCCAGCUACAUUGUCCCAUCGUGCAUAGCCGUAAAGGAAAACAAAGUCGGAGGAGGGGCUUCUAAGCUCGUUGGCAAGGGAAUCGAAGACCUCGAUUUCCACAUCGGUGAUGAAGCUAUUGCGAAUCAAAAAACCUACAGCGCACACUAUCCCAUAAGACACGGUAUAGUAGAGAACUGGGAUCUUAUGGAACGCUACUGGGAGCAGGCUAUCUUCAAAUAUAUGAGAGCUGAGCCUGAGGACCACUAUUUCCUUUUGACUGAACCGCCAUUGAAUACACCAGAGAAUCGUGAGUAUACGGCCGAGAUCAUGUUCGAGUCUUUCAAUGUGCCUGGUCUGUACAUCGCAGUGCAGGCGGUUCUCGCCUUGGCCGCAUCUUGGACGGCGAAGUCGGU